AUGUCCCAAUUCGCGAGCAAAGCCUUCUCUUCUUCCAAGUACGCAGCUGCGCGUCCGCGCUACACGACGGCGCUUCUCGAUGAGAUAAUGCGCUACCACGGCCGCCGCAGUAUCCGAAGUGCAGAGCUGGGCUGUGGACCAGGCACGAUAACGAGCUACCUCGCCGCCCACUCCGACUGGGUGCUAGCGACUGACCCGUCCGAGCAAAUGAUUCGCGAGGCUGGGAAGGGUUUGGCGGGUGCGGACAAUGUGCAGCUGCGCGAGGCAUCUGCUGGAGAGCUGCCUUCUCUUCUCACCGAACCCGUCGAUCUCAUCGUUAGCGCACAAGCCGCACAUUGGUUUCACUCCCCGCCCAACCACACCGCUGACUGCAAGUUGUGGGAGCUACUCGGCGAUGCUCUCACCAGCGGUGGCUCACUGGUCUACCUGGUCUACGGAGACGUACAACUCCUCAGCCACCCACAUCUCCACGCUUUUGCCUCCUUCAAAAACACCUGCGCCCCUUACUGGCAGCAGCCCGGUCGCCGGUUCCUCGAGAAUCUCCUCCGAGACAUUCACUUUCCUAGGUGGGGAGUGAACAAUCGACGCUUAUUCUACGACAGCAGCACCGAGUAUAAACUCAAAAGUACCACAUCUAUUGAUGCCUUUGCUGAGUAUCUGGCGACCUGGUCGAGUUACUCCAAGUACUGUGAGUUGCACCCAACCAACACACUCAUCAGUGAUCUCAAAAAUGGGAUUAAUGAGGAAAUUGGUGAUGCGAAUGCUAUUUUGGAGAUGGCCUUCCCCGUCUCGUUCAUGAUGUGUCAAAAGCUUUGA